AUGACAGACAAGCUUCCCCCCAACCUGCUCGCGCUGUUUGCGGCGCGACCACCCCUGCGAUGGGUUGAAGCACCCGACUAUGCGCCUCAGAACCGCAAGACAGCACCUAUCAGUGGCGUCGCCCAAUUCCUUCCCGAGCUUCAAAAAUACAAGGAGACCGAUGUGUAUAAUCCCACUGAGAGUUGGUUGCAACGCCGCGAUCGCAAGAAGCGAGAGAAGAAGGAGAGGCUGGAGAAGCUCGUCACAGAAGCGCCUGAGCAUUACCGACCAGACAAGGACACCAACAUCCGGGGCGAUGCCUUCAAGACUCUGAUUGUUGCGCGUCUAAGCUAUGAUGCCGACGAGAAGGACUUGGAGAAGGAGUUUGGUCGCUUUGGACCUAUCGAGCGCAUUCGCGUUGUUGCCGACACUCACGCUGACGAGAAGCCCAACAAGAAGAAGAAGCCUCAUCGGGGUUACGCUUUCGUCGUUUUUGAACGCGAGAAAGAUAUGCGAGCGGCUUUGGAUUCUUGUGAUGGCAUGCGCAUCAAGGAUCGACGUAUCAAGGUAGAUGUUGAACGAGGCAGAACCGUCAAGGGCUGGCGACCACGACGUCUCGGUGGUGGUCUUGGCGGCAGAGGCUACACCAGAGCUAUGGCCUCGCGUCCUAUGGGCCCUGGUGGCUUUGGCGGUCCUGGAGGUGGUGGCUACCGCGGCGGCCGUGGAGGUUUCGACGGUGGACGUGGACGCGGUGGCUUCCGAGGAGGCGGAGGUUUCGGCGGCCGUGGAGGAGGCUUCCGAAGCGGCGGCGGAGAUUUCAGCCGUGGUGGUGACCGAGGCGGAUAUGGCGCACCUAGUGAUGCUCCGUCGGGACCCGGCUUUGAUCGCAGGAACGGCGGUUUUGGCGAUCGUGACCGAGGUGACCGAAGAGGUGACCGAGGGGGUGAUCGAGGCCCCGGUGGGUAUGAUUCGCGAGGCGGUGGUCGCUCAUAUGAGGACAGACACGGCGGCGGCCAUCGCGAUGGUGGCCGAUACGGCGGAGAUCGUGACCGACGUACCGGAGGCAACAACGAACCCAUCGGCCGACGAGAAGGUGGGUAUCGCGAACGGGACCGGGACUACGACAGACCUCGUGAUGACGACGGCGGCCGUAAGCGCGGCUUUGACGGUGGUUACGAAGACCCUCGAAAGCUGCGACGCUACUGA